AUGAGAAGAUUACUCGAAGAGGUAAUUCAAAGUUUUAUUAAUCAGUUUAGUGAAUAUCAUGUUUAGUCGUAUGUUUUGGAGUGAAUUGAAUUCUAGGAAGAGCCGGAGUCUGAGUCUCUAAUCGCUUCGAAUUCACGACCCGCUCCCUCAUCAUUGAGCAAUCGCCGCGGUUUCCAGGUCAUUUUUUGACAUGAAGACUCUUUAUCGAUCGCAUCUACUUAUUACUGAACUUUUAGGAAAACCCUGUCACCGUUUCGAUAAAUGUAAAUAAUUGGCGUGUUUUUUUUUUCAAGAAGUCGUUGUUUUUGUGGUUUUUAAUUUUAAUUGUGCAGUUUUAAAAAAAAGAAUAAUUUCCUAUCAAGGAUAGGAAUGAGCUCAUUGAAGAGCGCGAUUCGCUGUUGUGUUGACCCAUUCAAUUGUAAACAAAGACCGUUGACGCACUUCCGCACGGUCUUCUUUUUCCAUUCUUCUUUCUAUAAAACCCUUUUUUUUCUGAGUCGCCUGAUAGAGCUUUUAACAUCAAGAUUAAAAUUCAAGGAAUUAUUAAGGUUGAAAGGUUUUCUAGCCUGUCGAUCUUGUUUUUUUGCAUGUGGUUUUUUUCGUUGUUUCUUUUUCUGUUUGCACCUAUUUUUGUGAAAACAUGUAGUUUAAAGUUGUUUUGAAGUUACAGAAAAGAUUAUAAAUUUCAGAUGGAGCGGCGGAACAGGGACUUGUCCCUAGACGAGGUUGAAAUGGAUAACAGUGCGCCCGCAAUGGUCCAUGUCGACACUUUAGGAGGUUUUUUAUCUCUCAUAAUUUGUCCGCAAGCUCCAAUUUCUCGAAAACUUGGCUUGAAAAAUCAAGUUUUUAACAUUUCACUUUUAACCUUUAGGAAUUAUCGAAAAUUGUUUACAGGUGGCUACGCAUCUUUCAAUUCGAGCGGACACCAGGAUGAAGAAGACGAAUCGCCCAAUGAACCGAUUCCGCCUCUUUUCAGGUGUCUUGACCGUUCAAUUUUCAAAGAAAAAGUUUGUUUUUCGAAAGAAACUCAAUGAAAUAAGUUUGCUUCGGAAGACGCAAAAAGUAGCCUGAAAAACGUAAAAUUUCAUGAUUUCUGCCAAAUCGUCCAGAAAGCUUUUACGAGCAAAUGUUCCCCGUAGAACUGCCAGAUCCUGUAUAAAGGUUACUUUGCAGUAAAUACGGCGAUUUCCACACGAUCGACUGGCAGAGAGACUUGGCCCGAGACCGGUUACGGCAUAAAUUGAUUGUUGGAAAACAGUUAGUUUAAGAAAAUGAAGUAUUUAUGCCAAAAUGGUUUGUUUCCAGAGCCGAGUUCCCAUUGGGAGCCAUCCAGUCCGCUUGGGACGCGAGCGCUGGUUGGAUUUGCGUCCUUUUGGUCGGGCUGGCGGCGGGCGCCACCGCCGGAAUCAUCGACAUCAGUGCCCGGUGGAUGAGCGAUUUGAAAGUUUGAAGUUUUCUAUUGUCGAGAUCCAAAUUUUUCAAAAUGCCAAAAAUUCUACGCGCGAUGAAAACAUGGUUUGAAAAUUUAAAAAAAACUAUUCUAAAAAUGAUAUCGUUGUAGGACCCUAAUCUUUUUGUGAUGUCAUUUUGUGUACCUCAAGUGUUCCUUGAAUAGCGACAAAAACUCGAAAAAAAAGAAAAAAAAAACGAAUAUAUUCGAAAAAUCACGUAAAUUAUUUUUUUUUUUCGCAAUAAGGCCGAACAGUUCUGACUUCACGUCCAAAAAAAUAGAGCGUUUUGAAAAAUCUUUACAUUUUCAUUUAUCUAUUUUUACACUUUUAUUUGUUUUUUUGUGACACUUUUUCAGAAAUUUAUGUUGAUAAAUGUGAGGGAAAUAGAUAACUAUUUAAUAGAAUGAAUUCAAACUACUCAAUUUUUUCAGAACGGUGUUUGUGCAGACCGAUUCUGGCUUGAUAGGGAACAUUGUUGUUGGUCGGCAAACGACACUGUUUAUAAAGUUUGUUUUAUAUCAAAAAUGAAAUAAAGUUCGCAAAAUAAUUAAGGACUAUGAUUGCAAAGCUUGGACGAAAUGGCCGUGGAUGUUCGAUUUUUACAAUCAGAGCAGUGCGAUUUUCGGGAUUUUGGACUUUUUGUUCUACGUUGGCUGGGCCGUGGCCAUGUCGACGUUGGCUGUCUUGCUCGUCAAGGUAAGAGAAGAUUUUUCAAAGGAAGAAAAAGUUUAUUGAGUUUAAUUCAAAGUUUGUGAUUUUCAAAGUUUUUUUGAGUUCAUAUCAGUAUGAUUCCGAUUUUUUUCAUUCAAUUCCAGCUAUAUACCUAUUUUAUUAUUGACUUUUAUCCGUGGAAUCCGAAGAAAACUUUUCAAUUUCUCAAAAUUUCUCGAAAAAUCUAAAAUUCAAAAUUCGUCAACAUAAAAAAAAGUUAUUUAUUUAUUUUUCCACUUGAAAAAUGAGCCAAGUUUUCAGGUCUUUGCCCCAUACGCAUGUGGAUCCGGAAUCCCAGAGAUCAAGUGCAUUUUGUCGGGUUUCGUCAUCCGUGGCUACCUCGGCAAGUGGACCUUCAUCAUCAAAUCCGUCGGCUUGAUCUUGUCAUCGGCUUCCGGUUUGAAAAAACUCAUCGACUUUAUAAUUUUUUCUCCUUUUUUAGGCCUCUCACUGGGUAAAGAAGGCCCGAUGGUCCAUCUGGCCUGUUGCAUUGGGAACAUUUUCUCGUAUCUUUUCCCCAAGUAUGGCAUGAAUGAGGCGAAAAAGCGGGAGAUUUUGUCGGCCUCGGCUGCCGCGGGCGUCAGCGUUGCCUUUGGAGCGCCCAUCGGUGGUGUUUUGUUCAGGUAGACUUUUUUCUUUUUCGCGUAAUGUUUAUUGGGAGCUAUGAAAAUGUUUCAUUUGAAGACUUUUUAUGAAUUUUGUAACUCAUUACUACUGACCCGAACUAUUUUAAAGGUUAGAUUUCUGUUUAACUUUUUUUCUUCUUCAGUUUUUGUUUCAGGAAUGAUUAUAGGAAGAUCUGAAGUGUUUUAUUCGAAGAAAUUUCAUAAAUUUCGAAAUCUUGAUAGAAAGUAUCUUUGCAAAGCGGUUUUCAGUUUUAUACAAAAAAGUGUGAGCGACUUUAUAGCGGGAUUGAUAAAUCGCAUGCGUUAUGAAAAAAAAAAUAUUAUUAAUGAAAGAAAAGACGUGAUACUUUCAGUAAAAAUAGACUUAGGAAUGCGCGAAUGGUCCCUAUAACGCAUCCAUAAGGGCUAUUGAAGGUUCCCCAUCUAGACACCACUUCACCUCUCCCUGUAUUGGCAUCAAUAGGGACAUUCUAGUCGAUUAUUGUUAUGAAAAGAAGCGUUUUCAUGCCAAAAACUCAAUAUACUAGCGUUAUUUGAAGGAAAAAUAUCAACAGAGAAGUAAUUGAUCCAGUUUUAUUAAAGAUCGGAUGAUCCUAUAGGGACCAAUUGAACUUUAGGGGCUUUUGUUUUACAGUUUAUUUUCAAGAAAGUUUACAGUCUCGAAGAAGCGUCUUACUAUUUUCCGCUGAAAACCAUGUGGCGAUCAUUUUUCUGUGCCCUCAUCGCCGGUAUCAUACUUCGGAUCGUGAAUCCCUUCGGCAGUGAUCAGGUUAGAGGCUUUUCGAAAAAUAAAUAUGCGGAAGAAGUUUAGACGUCGCUGUUCCACGUUGACUACAUGAUGAAGUGGACUUUCAUCGAGUUAGUCCCGUUCGCGGGCCUUGGGCUUUUUGGCGGCAUCCUCGGCAGCAUGUUCAUCUUCUCCAACAUCAGGUAUCUCAUUUUUCCUUGAAGUAAGCUAGGACAAGACUGAGUUUUCUGAAGAGUACAGUGUUUGAAGGUUCAGAGGCGUGCACUUCCUGUGUUUGCACUUUGUUGCGUAAAAAUGCUGUCUUUUAAUAACCUAUAAUGGAUGGCUGUUUGAUAACCGUUCCCAGUGGUUUUUUGGGGUUUAGUUAAUUCUGCGCGAUUCAUAGAACUUAUGGCUUUUCAAAAUAUUCGUUAUCCUUUUCACUUUGACGGUCAGUUCUAAUCAGGGGAACUCAGUCUGAGUACAUACUGAAGUGCAAACACGCACGCUUCAAAAUGCGGACUACGACAUACAGUACUCUUUAAAAAAAAAUUUUUUUUCUACAUUAAAUAUUCUCUCCUAAAGCACAUUCCGCGCCAGCUCUUCACGAUUUUUGCUUCUUUCUGAGCUACAUAACCCUUCCUUUCCAUGUGCGCGACCAAUGUAUGUUCUUGCUCCUUUAAGCUGGCGCGGAAUGAGCUAUAAAAAAGAUGAUUUGGUAACUUCUGAAGUCUGCAGAUGGUCUCGGUUCCGAAAGAAUUCCAAGCUCCUGGGUGGUAAUCCAAUCUACGAAGUGGUCAUUGUGACGUUGAUUACGGCGAGCAUUUCUUAUUUCAAUCCCUACUUGAGGAAAAGCGCUUCUAGCAUGAUCCAGCAGGUUUUCCUCCUAGAACUGAUAUUCCAACAAUGAAUUUUUCCCAGUUGUUCGACCGCUGUGGGCCCGAAGACCAAAUGGACGACUUGUGCGAUUAUCAAAACAAAACGUUCACAAAUAAUAAAGUUGAUGACAAUUACCAUACUGGCGUUUUCGGAUCUCGUGUACAUGUAAUUUUUCUCCUUUUUCUCGAGUUUCAUGACGUAGUUUGGCUUUAGAGCGCAUUUUGGCAGCUGAUUUUGGCGCUCGUCUUCAAGUUCAUCAUGACGAUUUUCACUUUUGGAAUAAAGGUAAGACGGUUAUUUUUAUAGGGAAUAAUUCUUGUUGGUAUUGCUGCUAAAAGGUUUCCUUUGAUUCCGAUAACUAAUAAAAAAAAAUUCUUUGCUGAAUCAUAGGACCCUACGUAAAAUAUGUCUGUUUUCAGGUUCCAUGUGGCCUUUUCGUGCCGUCAAUCGCGAUGGGAGCCAUCGCCGGCCGUCUGAUGGGAAUGACAAUGGAAAGCCUUUUCCGAAACAUCCAGGAGCAGGACGGCCAUUCCUCCUACUUCACCUGCCAGAUUGGAAAAGACUGCGUCAUGCCGGGUCUUUACGCGAUGGUCGGCGCGGCGGCGGUCCUCGGCGGCGUUACUAGGUGCGAAGAGAAAAUAAAUGAUUCAUUUUUUUUUCGACUCUGAAAAUUAGCAAAAAAUAACACAAAAAUGAUCGCUCUCGUAAUGUUAACCACCUUUAAACAUUUUUAGAACAACUUUCUGUAAGAAAAAAACUCCAAAUUUCCUCGUUUUUAUUUUCAAAGGACAAGUUCUGUAAUAGUUUCAAGCUCUGAAAGGCUCAAAAGUGCUCUUUUUUCAAUUUCAGCUUUACUCUGUUUUUUUUUUCCUGACAGCCUCAGAUGAUUGUUAUUUCUCAGAAUGACGGUAUCACUGGUUGUGAUUAUGUUUGAGUUGACCGGAAGCUUGGAAUUUAUCGUGCCGACCAUGGUCGCCACCAUGUUCUCCAAAUGGAUAGGUGAUGCGAUUUGCAAAUCGGUAUCAAUAUCUUCCAACUUUGUUCUCUGAACUGUUCGUGUGUUCCAGGGCAUUUACGAGGCCCACAUUGAACUCAAUGGCUAUCCAUUUUUGGACAACAAGGGCGAAUAUCCGUACUCGACGGUGGCUUCUCAGGUAAAAUAAAGUUUGGAAAACUUGAGGCUCUGAGCUUUUUUUGAGGGAUUUCAAUUCGCAAAAAGUAGCCGCGUUAAAAAAAAAAGAACCCAAAAUCGGUGGAAUCAGCUCAGGUUCUUGCGGCUAAUCUUUGGAAAAUGCUUAGAUCGGAGAUUGAAUAAACUCAAUUUUUUCAAAAGUUUCUCCGCUUGGUGAAUGGCUCGAUGUGCAGCGGCUGCAUAGCGGUCUCUCUGAAGGAGAAGCUGAUUCACAGCUAUUGGAAGGCUUUGAGUCGAGGCGAAUCCUAGAGCAAAAUUUCAACAAUAGUCGCCCAAAUUGCAACGCCUUGAGCCAUUUUCCUUUGGUCCAAAAGAUUUUAUACUGUAGCAAAUCAUUUAUAACUAGAAAAACUUCUUGGCGAAUCACAGAAUUUGCCGCGCUUUUCCAGGUGAUGCGUCCCGGCUCCGCUAGAAGCGAUGAUUCAUCGGUGAGCAAUUCGAAUGAGCUCUACGUCAUCACCCAGGACGGCAUGACACUGGGAGAGCUCGAGGUGUUGCUCAGGGAGACCGACUUCAACGGCUUCCCCGUCGUCGUCUCCAGAAACAGCAUGUACCUCGUCGGAUUCGCAUCGAGGUUUUUCUCAUUCACCUGAAGUUUCGUCGGAGAAAUGGCCGUCAAACAAUAUGAUUCCGUGCUAUUCAAAAUCUAGUGAUCCUUUCGCUAUCUGUUGUUUUGAUUGAAUUUCACAUUUGAAAAAACAAAACACUUUGACUCUGUAAAUUCAUCCAGUGUCACAAUUGCGGACACAGCUUCUGACAUCUCGUACCGUAUUCGGGUUUCGGUAGGGACCUUUUUAAUUUACUCUCACUGUAGCUCGGUUACGGUCAGUAGUUAGGUACAUGCGUAUCUAAAAAUCGAGGAGUUUUUUCUAGACAUUUAUUCACUAAUCGAUAGGUAAACAUAUUUUAGGAAUUUUUUCCAGUACGUGCUAUUUCGAUUUAUGUAGAAGCUUUUUGAGAUGCGGUGUUUUUUGUGUUGGCAAAGUGAUGGUAUGAAAAAAAAGCCAGCGAAAUUUCAAAAGGCGGCUUUUCCGAUUUUUUCGUAUCGCUAGGGAACUUUCCGCCGAAUCCCUUUCCGACUUUUUUUCCCUUAUAUUUCUCGGUUUAUAAAACAUCUGUUAACAUUUUUUUUCUAUUUCGUUGUGUUUUAAUCAUAAAUAACUUGCCUACUGUAUAUGGGAAGAUUAAAAACAAAGAGUUUAUCGAGAAAAAAAAGCGGGAAAAAAAUCGGCGGAAAGGUGGACGUCGGAAAGUUCUCUAGCGGUGUGAAAAAAUCGGAAGAGUCGCCGUUUGAAUUUUCGCUGGUCUUUUUUCACAUCACCGGCAAAGCUGGUUUUUUUCUAUCAGAUUAGCUACAAAUGCUUUGCUAAUCCUCAAGCUUAUAGAAUGUAGUUGAAGCAAAUCUUUUUCGCAUUCAGAAUGACAGCUCUCGAUUUUAGGAGAGAUGUUCAAAUGGCCCUGCACACGGCGCGCAAGACGCAGCCCUACGUUGUCACGGAUUCGAUGGCGUAUUUUUCGAGCAACGUUCCCGAUCAAGUCGCCGGAGGGCCGGCGCCGCUCCGCUUGAGGAAGAUUAUCGAUUUGGUUGGUUUUUUGCUUAAAUUUGACCUUUUUUUUGAAAAUCGAACAACAGCUUUACAAUUAAUGAGAUGAGGGACCUCUUGAAGAUUUUUUAAAUUUAUCUCAAGCUUCUAACGGGCAUUGAAAAGCGAAGGGGGAAAUUGUCAAAAAGGCAGUUUUUCUAAAUUUUGCGACCACUUGUUCAAAACCCACUUUCUACAUACAACUCUCGGGUUGCCCGUGGGACGAUUGCUUCAGAGCGCGGGUCGAUCCAAAGCUGCAGCUCUAUUUUUGAGGAGAAAAAUACUUGAACUCGAAAAUAACUUUGGAAGCAGCUCUUCGUUCCGAGAAACUUAAAUAUAUAAUAUUUAUUUCAUUCACAUGAAAAAAAUAGUCAUUGAAAAAAAUCGAAGAAUAAGAGAUUGCAUUCGAAUAAAAAUCAAUAAAUUAAAACCCGACUUUUUUUUUUAGCACCCCAACGCGUGUAGAUACCGGGACCAAAAAAAACACGUACAUUUCCGUGAUUGAGAAAAGCAUUUUACAGAGUUGUAAAAGCUUUUAGAAGUUUUUUUUGUGAAAUGUAGAAAUCGGUUCUCAGGCGCCGAUGACAAUCACGGACCAAAUGCCGAUGGAAACCGUCAUCGACAUGUUCCGGAAGUUAGGUCUUCGACAGGUUUUUUUUCUUCAAAAAAUACGUUUCAAUUCAUAAUCCCAUAUUUAAGGUGCUCGUAACUCGAAGCGGCAAAGUUUUGGGGAUCAUCACGAAGAAGGACAUUUUGCAGUUUAUGCGCAACAACGAACGCGGCAUCGUUAAUCCAAACUUCAAAACUUGA